AUGGGAUCUGGCGCAUCGGCGGAGGUGCACAUGCACUCGCGGCUGUACCAAGAGGGAUACAAGUCCCUGCAGGAGGGACGCUACACCUACGCGGAGAUUUACUACGACCAGGCCAUUGAGAAGCACGAGGGCCACGUGUUCUGGUCGCGCCUCGACGUGGGUGUUGAAUGGGAGCGGAAGUCUGGCAAAGCGGACCGAAAGAAGGCGGAUGGAAAGGGGCAGCCGGAGGCACAGGCCGCCCCUCCUGUGAUUAAGGAAGUCAAGAAGCCAGAGAAUGCUCCGGAGAAGCCAACGGAGGACGCUGAAGGAGGAGACGAGGGCGACGAGCAGAACGAAGCCGGGGGUGAAGGAGAAGACGAAAAGACUGGAUAUCUGGAAAUUCCGGUAGACAGCAGACUCAUACAGGUGCUGGACUACCUGUUGCUGCGCGCCGACAUCGCCGACUCCUACAUGGCGGCCGGUCGACUCGAUGAGGCGUCUCCACACGUGGACUACAUCGCCACACACACACAGACCUUCAUGCGGUGCCUCCAGAGCGCCCGUGACUUUGCGAUGGGCGACGACGGCGAAGAUGGCGACAACCCGCUGCGCGGCAAUGGCCAGCAGCACCGCCGGCAGCGGCUAGGCAUGUUGAUGGGGGGUGACAUGGAGCGUGAGUCGAUCCUUGACUGCCUGGACCAGCACCUACGCCUGCACUGGGUGUCGUCGCUCGCGAACUCGGUGUACAUCGCCUUUGAGAAGUUCAAGGGUGGACAGGGUGAGAAGAAGCGCAAGAAGGAGCUUGACGCCGCAGUGGUGACGUGCAUGAAGGCGGAGGAGGCGCUCUACCACUACGCCCAGCGCCGCGCGAAGAGCCUGACGAACGCCGUCGUCUUAAACUUCCUGGAGGUGAUCCUUGAGGAGAUGGAAGCCAGCUCCUCCACCACCUCCGCGCCCGACGAGCGCAGCGUUAGCAGCCGCUCGAAGCUGCGCGUCAAUAAUCUCUUCGACGACGGCGGCGACAAGGGGGAGAGCAAGAGCGGCAUCGGUGCCGUUGCGUCCGAUGCGGACCCGUACCCCAUCACACCGCGCCUGCAGGUGCUGCAUGACCGCCGCAUUCUCUGCCGCUCUGUUCCCGCUCCGCAGCAGGCCCCCGCACUGCGGCGCGUGCCGUGGGUGGAUGAGGAGAUCCGUCGUGUGGUGCCCGGCACCAACUACUACCUUGAGAUUCAGUGCGGCAUGGUCGACGAAAAGCGCAAGAAGCAGCUUCAGAAGCGGUCGCUCAAAUUUGUAACGCAGAAGCGUGUCGACUACAACGAUCGCGUGCAGCUGGGCAAGAGCUUUGACGAGGAAAACGCGCUGCUGCUGUUCCCGGUGUUGCUGAUUCAGGCCGAUGUGCAGCUCGAGCUCGGUGCCGCGACGAAAGGUAUCCAGGCACUCGACUUGGUGGAGAACCUCGCGACGCAGCUGUACGGCGUGGACUCACUGGAGUGGCAGAGCCUCAUGCGGCGCGUGCUGGAGUCACGCAAGCGUGGCGUCUCCAUGUUUAUGAUGUUUGAGGACUAA